CUACAUCCUGGGGUAACUUUAACUUCAGUGAUGGCGUCAAUAUUAAAUGAAGCAGUAUCUGACACAGAUGAAGACCUGAUAACUUGUCAUGUUUGUCUGCAGGAAUUUAGCUCGUUGGAGAAGCAUAAACCCAAAUUUCUUGACUGUCAUCAUUACUUUUGUGUCAGUUGUAUACAAGGCUUUUCUAACGUGAAUUCGGUACUUUGCCCGACUUGCCGCAGAUUGACGAACAUGAAGGGACGCAAGAUAGAAGAGUUGGCCACCAACAACGUCGUUUUACGUUUGGUGACCAUAGAAACCAACCGAGCUCGUGAACUUGCCGAACGGGAAAAAAAGAGGAAGGCUGAAGCGGACACCGAAGCGAAACAACAAAAGUGGUGCACUGACUGUUCUUUCCUUGCAUAUGGUGGUUGCAUUAAAGAUAAUCAUCAAGUCAAGAAUUAUAAGGACUACUUUCAAGAUCGUUACUCACACCUACAAUCAAUCAUCGGAGACAUACAGUCAUCUUGCAAACAAGCCCUAAACGAUGUUACGAAAAUUCAGUUGGUUCACACAGAUAUUCUUGGCAAGCUGCAAGUGCUUUGUUCCGAAAUUAAUAGAAGAGUGGCUUCUAGCAAAGACACAAUCGCCGAGUUGGAAUGCCGUCUUAAAUCAGUAAAUGAUAUUGAUAUUUAUGAAGAAGAAGACAUGUUUAAUUUGAUCAAGAAAGUUAAUCAACUGAUUGUUGAAUUUAGUGGUAAAUUAAAAGAAACCCAGUCUAUCAAAUUGAAUGCUGGUAACCUUCUUCGGUCGUACGGUAAUUACUUAAAUGAAGCUAUAAUUAUGUUAUCAAACGAUGAAACAAUGGAAGACAAAAAGACAUCAAGAACAGCUGCGGUAUUGAACAAAGACAUUGAAUCGCCGUCUUGCUCAGAUUCUUCGCAAGUCAAAGAGACAACAGGUCAGCCCAAUAACAAGAAAAUUCGAAUUUCAAUUAUCCCAAACACCAGGGCAGACGCGUUAGGCCUACCGAGUCAAGGAACAGUCUUAAGAGAAAAAUGGCUUCGUUACCCACUCCUUAAAAAGGACUUCACACACAUCUUACGAGCGGUUUCAAACAUGAAAAUCCAGUUUAUUAUCGACCAAUUCUAUGCCUAUUAAAGGCUGGACCUGCAACCGGUCGCGAUAACCCACCAUCUCGUUCAGCCAUCUGACGAAGGUUGAGUUCAAAAAGUCCAACGCCUUUCACAUGACAUUAGGUAGGAAAAAUCUUUUCUUCACCUUGAGAUUCACCAUAUUUGGGUAGGAAUAUUUUUUAAAUGUCGUUUGUGUUUGGUAUUGCUCUCCUUUUUUUAAAAAAUUUGUUUGAAUUCUCAAAGAAAGAAGCCGACCAAAACGAAUUAAUUUGCGGGAUUCCUUGAAUCCAUCUAGUACCACACAAAGAGUAUAACCUCAGCGACCGCCAAAAGGACUCGCCAACGAUUAAUGUUAGUCAUGGUUCUCUCUCUCAUCAGUAUGAUUGUUAUGCCAACAAAGAAGUAGUUAAAGUAUAUCUACCAGAAAAUUCCCUAUUUGUAGAAAGUAAAUCGCCGUGUAAUUUCCUGGUUGGUCCAACAGUUCAUCAGCGACGAUCAAGUUUUAUACCGUUUCAACAAUUUUCAAUCUAUCCUAGUAGACUCAAAGGCGGAGGGAGUCUAAAUUAUUUAUUAAGUAUAUUUUACUUUUGCGUAGAGGAGUCGUUAAGAAAAAACCAGCCCAAUAAUGGUCAAGUAAUAUUAGCACAUAUUGAACGUGUAGCCUGGCUUUUUCUUCUUCUGUUAUUUGCAUGUCAUGAAAUGAUGUGAAUAUUCCCUUUUAUUUUAAAGCUGUGCGUGCGAUGCAUGUUAUUUGCCUCACUUACACAUUGCGCCCAGUCAUUCCGCCCGACUAGAAAGGGUUACAUAUAUUUUUUUCCAUCAUGCAAGCUGAUUAUACCUGUCAUUAGCCUAACUUUUUUUUUAUUUUUUAUUUUUAUGAUGUUCCCUGCUGAGCUCAUGGGGAUUCGGCUGGGCCCAGCGUUUGGACACACCCCCCUCCUCAUUUGAAUGCAUCAUCAGACCAUUUGUGCGUUUCAAGCGAAAAAAGGAACGAAAUAAUGAGAAGUGACGCGGCGCCAGAGUUGAAACGCCACCCUUUUCUUUCCCGCUUUUCUUCUUAUGGUUUGAAUAGUUUUUUUCUUUUUACUUUUCAACAACUAGGAACUUUGUUCUCGGAGCCCUGCAGAGUCAUGACGCCCGGGAAAACAAAACAUUCUUCGCGUGGUUCAGCAUUCGAGACGCCAGCCGAGUUAACCUCCUCCUUUUGGCUGGACGGGAAAUAACCGUAAAUCAGUACGUCUCUCCCACAUUUCUUUUCUGCAGUACUCGCAGCUAUGCCACGAUUGCAUUUCACGAGAGCGUAAUCAUCACUUUACUGUCACCUGUGAAAAAGGCGAAACCUUGGAACGCCCUCGUUCCUUUUUUUCACCCCCCAAAAUCCCACCAGAACAAAAAAAUCCUCCCUCUUACCACUCUUAACAGCUGGAUGAACGCGCGUGCGGAUACCUGCUAUUUAUGAACGUCACUCGUAACUUUUCCUCGAAGCCAUUAUUUAAAUCAGCCGGUUUUUCACCGCUGUGUCAUCGACGGAGGCGUGUGGGCGGGUGUCAUCCGCACACCAACUUUGAUUUGACAAACAAAUACAAAUUUCCAUCGCCGUCUGGUCGUGAAAAAGGAGGGGAAAAACCUCCAAAGUCAUGCGACGUAAUGAAAAAUAAAAAAAACGCCGCCGGAACUGCCAAGGCCGGCGUGAAUCGUGAGCCAGUCUCUCCCUCUCUCGAGGGGGGUCAUUGAACGUCAGCCAGCAAAAGCGUAAACAGGUUGAUACUGCCCCCUUCUCGCUGAUGGGCUAAAUGUAAAAAUAGGAACGGACCAACAGCGGAAGACGUUUUUUUAGCGCGUGAGAGAGAAGAAGAAGAAGAAACAAAAUGAAGGUCGUAAAUUAUCCAGCCGGACGGACAUCCCUCGAGAAAAACCAACAGGUUUCCAAACGAUGUCAAUGCGUGUGGUGGUACCAUACACUUAACCCAGAAAAAAUGGGCGUACGAGAAAACAUCUGACUACUACACCAAAAAAAUUGGACUUUGAUGAAUGAGCCGAGUCCGGAACGAAUAGUAAAAUUUUGAUACUCCAACCAACAUAUCAAUCGGAUGUCCCGCUGUUGAGAUUGAGGGCUGGCAAGAAAAGUUUACGCAGUAAUGGGUCGCGGUGGCAACCCGCUAUGUAAAUACGCCGUAAAGGUAACGAAAAAAAAUUUCGGCAUUUCUUUCUCUGUCAUUUCCUACGUGAAUUCUAGUAGCGUUCA